CUCUCCGUACUCAUGUAGUUCCGACUAUAAAAUGCCCCCCGGAAAAUAUGAGAUUUAUUUCUCCUCUUCGAAGCAGCUUCCCUCUUCUCUAGUUUCACACAAACCCGCCCUGCUCCUUCUAGUACCAUGGUCCGACAGAUGUCCAGCUCCGACCUUGACGAUGUCUUCUCUACGACUCACGACCGCACCCCAGUGGACGAAAAGUCUAUCUCACAUCCUUCAGAUUCUUCUUCAAGAUACGGUACCGGUGAAGUGGGGACGCCUUCUAUCCUCACAUUAGACUCUUCCUCUUCGACGGUUCUUGAGAAAAACGACCAAGUACCUCAGCAUCUCUCGACGUUCCGAAUUCUCAUGGUCCAUAUCGGGGCUGCUUUAACACUGUUUCUUGCUACAACGGAUGCUAAUAUUGUUUCGACGAGUUUGCCAACGAUCUCGAAUGACCUUCAGGCUUCACAGUCCUGAGUAUACCUGGGUCGGUGUUGCAUACAUGUUGACCCAGACGGCAUUUCAACCCCUCUACUGGAAGGAUAUCCGAUGUUGUAGGCCGAAAGGUACAGGAUCCGCGGUCGACCCAGAUUGUGAUACUGAUCUCACCAGUCUUUGUUAUUUGCGAGCGUGAUUAUAUUUGCC